AUGACCGGCCUCCUGAAUUGUGUUGUUGCUGCCGCUUUUCAUGAGGUCAGUCCCCAGAACUGCUCCAUCUCCAUCACAGCCGUUGGCUCCUUGGUUUGCCUCCUGAACUGUGUGUUGAACUCCAGUGCUGCUGACCUCCAGAGAGCGCGUGGAGGUCCGACCUCCCAUUGUUUACAGCAGAGAUCAGCUGUUAGCCCUCGGGCCUCCGCUGCCUUGCCUACCGCUGAACGAGCCAACAUCCCCCGCGAGGUGAGGAGGAAGAGACGUGGCAGUCGGGCCGGGAUCGGGCGUCGCAGUAAAGUUAGGAGUACACAGAGAACCAGUAGUGAAACGCACAGUAGGAAAUGGUCAGCAGAGACUGAAGAGGCCCUGAGGGACUGUUUCCGUUCUACUGUGUGGGACAACCUCUGCAGCCCUUUGGAGGAUGACCUCAACAGCAUCACAGACUGCAUUACGGAUUACAUGAACUUCUGUAUGGACAACACCGUACCCAGCAUAAAGUCCAAGACAUAUUUCCCGCCUUUGUCAACCAAUCACAGAUCUAGUUCUGCUAACGGGACCUUGGAACUCGGUGGUGUCACGUUCUUUAUCAUCCAGGGCCUCACAAACCUCGAUGAGAAAAAGAUAAUCCUUUUUUCCAUCCUGUUGCUGAUUUACAUCAUGAUCCUGGGAGGAAACAGCAUCAUCAUCUAUGUGGCACUGACGGAUCCAAAGCUCAACUCUCCACUGUACUUCUUCCUCUGCAACCUCUCCUUUGUGGACAUGGUCUACACCACUACCACCAUCCCCAACAUGCUAUCUGGCUUACUGACAGAUAUCUUAACCAUCUCUGUCCUGGGCUGCUUCCUCCAGAUGUACUUCUUCAUUCAAUUAUCUGUUACCGGCCGUGCCAUUCUCACAGUCAUGGCAUACGAUCGCUACGUGGCGAUCUGCACCCCUCUGCAAUACAACAGCAUCAUGACCCGGCCUGUCCGACUGCUACUUGUUGCAGGAGCCUGGGGAUUUGGUGCAGUUUGCACACUUCCUGCUACUGUGAUUGCCUUUGAGAGGCCUUACUGUGGCCCAAAUGUGGUGAAACAUGCCUGGUGCGACCCAUCUUCUGUAAGGCGGCUUGUGUGUGGUGACACCUCUUUGGAUAACAUUGUGUCUCUCUCUUUUGCAAUGGUGGCGCUGCUGACCACAGGUAUCCUCAUACUCUCCUCCUACAUCUUGAUUGGUGUUUCCAUAUCCAGGAUGGUUGUUGCUCAGAGGCUGAAGGCGUUCAGAACAUGUGCUGCCCACCUGACUGUGGUGUCCAUCUCUUAUGCGGCAGCCUCAUUUGUAUACAUUUCCUACCGAGUGGGAAACUUUUCACCAGAGGUGCGGAUCAUUGUGUCUGUGCUGUACUCUGCUCUGACUCCAUUCCUGAACCCGAUGAUCUAUAGUCUGAGGAACAAAGAGCUGCGAGAGUCUAUCAGAAGGACUUUGGGCAGGUUCAGACCUGCUGCUGUGUUGCCCACCAAGGAAAUCAGCACUUUGUCCUGA